AUGAUUGAUGGGUUUAUUUGUUUCAUCUUCGAUGGAGGAAUGUGCAUUAACUCUUGGAACAAAUGUCCCAUGACACUUGCUUAUGGAAGAACAGCAGAGUGGAUCGGCUGGCAUAGCCGUCCUCUCUAUAGAAACAUAAAAUCACAUCAAUCGAACGCAAUUGUCCCCAAAGAAAUUGAACCAGUAGUUGUUGUGAUACUGUCGUCGACGUCCAAAACACGUGAAACCACGCUAAAACGCGUGAAAUUUUCACCCCCUUCAUCAAUGACGGGGACCACUCAAUCGAACUUCCCAAAAGUGAUCUUAGGCACUCCAUGCCAAGUGAACCACACUGAACAAACCCAUGAAAGAGACAAUAGCCCGCCAUUCAUCCUUUCCAGUCCUACCCCCUCCCAACCCUUCAACUUUCAAACCCAACGCAAUACCUUGAGCUCUGAUGAUCCAUUCAAAUCACCAAUCAAUCGCCCAACGUUCCAAUUCAAUAACAAACGAAGACGACAACCCAGCCACUCAGAAUCCCAUAUCAACUCACCAAAAGAAGCUAUCCAAAAAGCUAGAAGUCUACUCAUUCUAGCUGCCUCCCUGGAAGAGGAUACCGAAGAACAAUCGAAAGUCCUAGACUUAAUCGAAAUAUUUCGUGAAUAUCUUGAAAAAGGAAAACUUACAAAAGCCUCAAAUAUCAUCACAUCACAAAUCUCCCAUCUAGAAAAUGCUACCAAACGGAUCGAAAAGCAAGCCAACCACCUUUCAAACCUUCCCAAUCAUACAAUUCCCCCUACAAUAAACACCCCUGGAACCAAAGCCAGCUAUGCCACUAUCACCAAAACCUCAGGAGAAUGGAACCUAGUUACAAAGGGAAAACCCACAAAACAGAAAACUACAGAACAAAAGGAAGAAGCCCCAAGCAAACGACUAAUCCUCAUCAAACCCCUUAUUUAUCAACCACACUCUUUUACACCAUUAAAUACAAGGAACAAAGUCAACGAAGCCUUCAAGAAAGCAGGAAUCAAUGGACCAAUCAUCUCAGCUAUCACUACUACAAGGAGCGGCAAUUUUAUACUAACCACUAACAGCCCUUUCAAUGCACAAUUCCUGAUGGAAAAGAAGGAAAUCUGGGACAAAAUCCUUGAUGCCGAAAGAAUACAAAUCGAUAAACCCUGGCAUAAAGUCAUCAUUCACAAAAUCCCAAUUCAGGAAUUCUCAGGUCUGAAAGGUAUGGACCUAACGUAA